UCAUAAUUUAUAUUCAUCUGAACAUCGAUCAUGCCGGACGUGGUUCAGUGAGAUCUGUAGUUUUAGAUUUCUGUAGAGGUGCUUUGUGUCAGCAUGAGAAUCCAACAUGAUUCAAGCUUUAUUCGUUGUACUGGUUAUCUUAUCCUCUCCCGUUUUCGGUGAUGAUCACAUCACCACCAGUGGUGCGGACGGUAUUUUGCAUCGUGAGAAACGGAUCGUAUAUACGUUCAACAGUGCCACCGGUGUUUUGGUCGCCCUUUCGAUUCCGUUGAUCAUUCCGGGAAGAAAUAUUUUUGUUUCGUACAACUUUGAAAUGAACUACAAUAUGCCAACGGAUUCGACGGAUUACACGCAGGGUGCUUUGAAACGAGUGGAUACUCCGGAAAUCAACACACGUGAUUUGAAAGACCAGGUACAACUAGUGCGAAGAAGUGCCACGUUCACAAGGAAGAAGGCGUACAGAUCGCUUGAAAUACAACUGAACAAGAUGGGCUUGAACGGUAAACGAUGCGUUUUAAGAGCGAUUUGUGAAGCCUCAGAUGUGCCAAUGUACGAACACAAUGGAAUCUUGGGAGAUUUACUUCAAAUAUUGCUGACUCCAUCCCAUUCGGCGAACGAAAACCUUCCGGCGGAGUUUUAUCGAGCAGAGGAGUUGGGCCACAAACACGACUGCAGUAAAUAUCGUAGACAUUGUCCCAAAAGUAUAUUAGAUGUGAUAAGUGUGUUGUUGUGAGAUUUUUCUCAAUUGUUAGAUUAAUGAUGGAAGUCUCCUGACAUUUGGACUAUGAAUUAAGGUCAUUCGUUUAAGUAAUGUCAUUUAUUCGUAUUGUAAUAAAUACAUAGAAUAUCGUUUAAAUAUUUGGUAUCUUAGAAAGGAUAUAUUCCGACAAAGUCUAGAAUGUAGGAGUAUGUAUUAAAAAAUAUGUAUCACCAAGUUUUUUUUGUUUAGAUUCUUCAGCUUCUGUGACCAAACGUGUCUAAAUACUGAUUAAUAUAAAUACUAUUUUAGUAAACUGCCCGAAUAAAUUCAGUUUCUUGAUUUGAUCAUAUAAAGAUA